AAUCCUCACUCGUCCAACCCUAACGCCAAAAACAACAGAUUUAAAAAUUAAAAACCGGUUCCAUUUCUCCGCGGCCGAAGCGGAAGAAAAUAAAAGCUCAGAGCAUCUUUAAUGCUACAUUGUUAACAUGGAACAAACUUUGACACAUGGCAAUCAAUAAAUGGAAUGUUGUUCCAUGUCAUGUAAGAGUAAUGUAGGGAACCGAAAAACUGCUCCAAUGGGUAGUGUUCACAACCCAUAUAAACACUACGUAUAUGUCUUUUAUUUUUAAAAUAAUUAAACAAUCAAAUCAAUAUUCUCCUAUGUGUGAAAACCGUUCCAAAUUUGGUGAGUAAGCAUGUCAAGGAGGCUGUUGUAUCACGACAUUCAUUGCAACACUGUCCACAUUAAAUUUUUACACCUCAGCAUUACAUAGUCCGCAUUGGAGAAAUAAAUAUGAGUAACGAUGUUAACUUUGGAUGAUGCAUCGAUUUUUAUGCAUGUCAACAGGUCCCAUUGGUGAUGCUCUCAGCCAUCCUCCGUUCACGGCGGCGCAGCAUAAACCAUUCCGUCUCUCUCAUUCAGUAAGACCAGACCAGAUGUCUCGUUCUAUCUCCAACGCCAAACUCGUCUCUGCUUUCAUUUCUGAAAGAGUCUCUGUUCCUUUGAGCAGGACAUAUGCUGCGACGGCGGCUCAGGCAACUGCUGGUGGAGUAAACGUGGCGAGGAGUAAGGUGAUGCUGAAGAGAGGAACAGAGGAAUCGGGGAGGAACGCCACCGCUUGGGUUCCAGAUCCGGUAACCGGCUAUUACCGGCCGGAGAGUCAGGUGGCGGAGGUUGAUGCGGCUGAGCUCCGGCAGGUGGUCUUGAAAAACAACGCUACUAAGCAGCACUAUUAGAUCUUCCUCCAUUACUGUGUUAGGGUGUUGGACAAGCAAGAUUAAAGAGCUGCUUCUUUUGCCCGGGAAACGGUUUUCUGACUUCCAUAGAAAGAAAUCGAUUGCUUAGGUCGUUGGAUUGUUUUGAGUCCUUUUUUAACUUUGUUUUAUCACAGAUCUUUAUGUUAUUUUUAUAUUGAGUACGUUAUAGCAGAUGUAUUAGUGAUUGAGACAUAAUAGUGAUUCCAUACUGCUAAAAAAAUAGUGAUUACUGAUUCCAUAACAUGAUAAACGGUUUUAAGCAACUUUGAAAGCUACGUCUUAUUAUCUUUUUUCUAAUUACCG